CGAGGGUUAUGCAAAACGUUUUAGAAUGUCAAUAAUUUGUUGUUUUUUAACUUUUUUCAGCUUAAAAUAAUAAAGUAUGGGUUGUUAAACGAAGCAUAUGCUUUAUUUUAGUGAAUUGUACCGUUUUAAAGUAAUUACUAGUUCUAUAAGUGGUUAACAAAGAAAAAUAAAUGGGUGUUUUUGAAAAAUAACUUUGUUCAAGUUGAAUUUAUAGAGUAAAAUGAGUACUUUAACGUUGGGGGAGACAAAUGCUUUAACCCUUGAAAUCGGGCCCUUUGAAAUAGUGCAUAGAUGGAGACGUAUGCCGGAAUGUGACGAAUUUGUAGGGGCAAGGCGGAGUAAGCAUACCGUGGUAGCCUACAAGGGUGCCAUAUACGUAUUCGGCGGUGACAACGGUAAAACAAUGCUCAACGAUUUAUUGAGGUUCGAUGUCGAUGAAAAGUCCUGGGGGAGGGCUUUUGCGACCGGUUCGCCCCCCGCACCAAGAUACCAUCAUUCAGCAGUGGUGCACAAUACUUCGAUGUACGUUUUCGGGGGCUAUACAGGCGAUAUUCACUCAAACUCAAACUUGACGAACAAAAAUGAUUUGUUUGAGUAUAAGUUCAAUUCUGGGCAGUGGGUUGAAUGGAAGUUUGUGGAUCAGAUUCCAGUGGCCAGGUCUGCUCAUGGGUCUGCGGUUUUCGAUAAUAAGUUGUGGAUUUUUGCUGGGUAUGAUGGAAAUGCAAGGUUGAAUGAUAUGUGGACCAUACCUCUUGUUGGGGAUACUAGAAAAUGGGAAAAAAUAAAUCAGAAAGGAGAAUGCCCCCCAACGUGCUGUAAUUUUCCAGUGGCCGUCGCUAGAGAUUGUAUGUUUGUAUUCAGUGGACAAAGUGGGGCCAAAAUUACAAACUCCCUAUUCCAGUUCAACUUUAGAGAUAAAACCUGGACUCGAAUCUCCACGGAACACAUCCUGCGCCACAGUCCGCCGCCCCCCGCCCGCCGCUACGGCCACACCAUGGUGGCCUACGACCGCCACCUCUACGUUUUCGGGGGCGCGGCGGAUUCCUCCCUGUCCAACGACCUUCACUGCUUCGACCUCGACAGCCGCACCUGGUCCGUGGUGCUUCCGGCGGCGGAGUCCUGCCUGCCCUCGGGCCGCCUCUUUCACGCCGCGGCGGUCAUCGGCGCCGCAAUGUACAUUUUCGGCGGCACCAUAGACAACAACGUACGCAGCGGCGAAAUGUAUCGUUUUCAAUUUUCCAACUACCCAAAAUGCACUCUAACCGACGAUUUCGGCCGCUUUCUGGAGUCCAGGCUUUUUACGGACGUCCACUUUUUGGUGGGUCCAGAGGAGAAGAAAAUCGAAGCCCACAUGGCCUUCGUAGCCUCCAGAAGCAGUUAUUUAAGGAACAAAAUCAAGCAGGCCAAGGAGAGUCGUGACGGCAAAUUGCUGGAGACUGAAGCAGGUUCAACAAACGAUCUACCAAUUGUGGAAAUAAAACUUCCUGACGCGAAUCCCGACGCGUUCGAAAUGAUCCUAAACUUCAUCUACACGGAUCAAAUAGACCCGACAAAGUGCGCGAAAGAGGGCGAAGAUCCCUUCAGCAACCGCAUAGUUCUGCAAAUGAUGGACGUGUACAGACUUGCCGUGCAAUUCGACAUGGUGCGACUCGAACAGCUGUGCAUACAGUAUCUGAACAACACCAUCAAUUUGAAUAACGUGCUGGAUGCUCUCCACAACGCCGACAAUUUGGAGCUGGUGUUCAUCAAAGAGUUCUGUUUGAGGUUCAUAGUGAAAGAAGCGAACUUCAACGAGUUGGUGAUGAGUCCUGAAUUCGAAGGGUUGGAUAGAAAGUUGAUGGUGGAGAUCAUCCGCAGGAAGCAGACGCCCCAGAAAAAGCAGUCGAACAAGGCGACUUUCGAGGGGGUUGGGAGUUCGUUGCAGGAGGACAUGAGGAAUUUUUUGAAGCACAACGGGAAGGAAUUGUGCGAUAUCGAGUUGAUUCUCGAUGAGGAAUCGAUUCUGGCUCACAAGACCAUCUUGGCGGCUCGUUGCGGGUAUUUUGAGGCCAUGUUCCGCUCAUUCAUGCCCGCCGAUAACAAGAUAACGAUACAAAUAGGCGAAAUAAUACCUUCAAAGGACUCUUUCAAGUCGCUGCUGCGUUUCGUUUACUACGGCGAGGUGAAAAUGCCUCCGGAGGACUCCCUUUACCUCUUUUCAGCCCCUUUCUUCUACGGUUGCACGAAUAACAGACUGCAAGCUUUCUGCAAACAAAAUUUGGAGAUGAACGUCACUUUCGAGAACGUGAUACAGAUUUUGGAGGCGGCCGAUAAAAUGCAGGCCGAAGAUAUGAAGAAAUACGCCUUGGAUAUGAUUGUGCACCAUUUACCAAAGGUUGUUAAACUGCCUGGUCUAAGAGUGCUCACCAAAGAGCUGAUUUUGGAUGUAAUGGAUGCCAUUGGGGAUGUAUUGAAUGACGGAGAGUGGGGUGUCAUUAUAAGACCCAAGAAGAAUUAAAUAUUUAUAUUUUAACAUUCUACUUAACUUUGUACUGCGAUAUCGAGUAGACGUCACUUAUGAGAAAGUAUUAAUACUUACCUUUUACAAUCUAAUUUUAUACUUACUUUUAUAACGCUGGUUUGCAAGAUUAUGUAAUAAUGUAGACCAGUGUUACUGCUGUAUAUUCUAUGAAUUGUUUUACCGUAAUUAAAUUAUAUUAAUAAAUUAACCUAUCAAAUAAAUAAAUAAAAGGCAUUUUUAUAAUUUAUAUUUAAAUGAUUAAUUAAAUACAAUAAAACUAUGCUAGUGAUAUUACCUUAAGGCUAAGGUGUUUUGUAUAAAAUAACUUUAAAAAUACGCAAACAUUUUACCUACUAUCAAAUAAAUAAAGUGUUGUUGUGUGAUCUUACAAGUUGUAAUUGGUAAAUUAACUUUAAUAAACGUUACGCACGUUUAGUUAUAAUUUAAAUCUACUAUGUACAAAAUAUUAAAUUAUAAUGUUUGUAAGAAACUGCGAGGAUUUCUUAAUAAUUUCGUAGUAUUUACAAUAUUCACCUAAACUAAAGAGCCAAAUAUAAUUUAGUGUCAUUAAAGUAUACCAAAGAUGGAGCCAACAUAAAAUCAGCCUAAUACAUUUUCCUAUUGAGGAAGACUUAAUAUAUAGGUUUAUUGCUUUUAUUACAAUAAAAAGCAGUGUAAAAAACUAAAACAAUUUAAUGGGGCACUUAUAAACAGUUAAUGUUUUAAUAAACUUUAAAAAAAUGUUAAUAAAAUAUUUAAAAUUAAUUUUAAACAUAAUUUAUUAUUAUUGUUGUCUUCCCUCACUUCAUACUGUUUAUUAUAUGAGUGUGAAGUGUGGGAAGACAAAAAUAAUUGAUUUAAAACGUUUAACAGUGGACUGUCCCGCUUAAACAAAGAAAAAAUAAUAAAGGCGCACGCGAUCCUAUUAGUCCUGAGUCGAACGAAAAUUUCGUAUACCAAAAAAAAGUGAUACUACUACCUCCUUAGAAAACAAGUUUGCGGACGACGUCAUCAUUUGGCGGCUUGCGCCACCUUGCCGUUCUUGGGCGGAGUGGGCGACAAACAAAUGACGUCGUUGUCUUUGUCGUCGUCGACGGAGAUGGGGCCGUUGUCCUUCUCCCACUCCUUCAGCACCGUGUCCAAGUUGUAGCGCUUGCGGUGGUUGACGAAGAACGUCCGCACGUGCGCCUCGGUCUUGUUGCCGAGCACCUCGGCGAUCGACUUGAAGUCCUUGCCGUACUUCCGCACGCCCUGCACCGCCAACAGCAGCUCCUCGUUGGUCCAGCGCGCGUUGACCCGCGUCUGGCCGUCCGGCGCGCUAGCCGGACGCAGCUCCUCGAUCGAGUCCGAAUGCUUGCGCUUCAGCGAGCUCACGUUCUGCUUGUUCACCUGGAUCUGCAACAAUUGCAGAGUGCAUCUC